CAUUACCCCUACCAUCCUCGUCGCAUGCUCUGAUCCAAGCAAGAAAGGGAAUACAUUUGAUUUCAAAGCUCGGAUUGAAGAACAAAAGGAUCAUUCAAAUGGCUGACAAUUCAGGAUAUCCAUCAAAGCAAAUGAAAGUUGCGCUCGCCAGGAGGCAAGCUCACAAUAAGUCCCUCCAGGAUCAAAAUGAGCAGCUGAAGCUUGAGAAUGAGAAGUUAAGGCGAGAGAAUUAUGCAAUCAAGAUGCAGGGGUUCAAAAAGUCCUGCUGUGCUUGUGGUAUGAGCGCAGAACAUGCCUGCCUGGGAACUGAGAUUGGGCGCCUGUACGGCGGUGCUGCAACGCAGGAGACUGGAGCAAAGCCUGAAGAAGUGGAGCCUCCACUCCCCCCUGCAGCUGGAGCAAAGCCUGACGAACCACCGUCCAAGUAGACCUUGAUGGCAUGGCUUCUUUGAUCCCCCUCUCUUGUGUCCUUGUGGUAUUCCCAUCUCCAUCUCCUUAAUGGCAGGAUCGACCAGAGAAUACCAAAAGGAGAACAAGUUUAGGGGAUCAAAAAGCCUCACCCAAGGUUUUCUUGGUAGGACAAAGAUCAGUGCAAUGGCACUAAAAGUUCUAAUAAUCUGUCAGCGAUCCCAAAAUAAAGUCAUGUACUGCCGUUAAGCACCUAAAACUCUUCUGUGUGUGCUUGUACUUGGAGGGUUUCUUUUAAUGUUUAAA